AUAAAAUAAAAUUGGAAAUAUGAAUCCGACGGAAUUGAGAAUGAUGUGGAUGAGUCAAUACAAUCCCAAUGAACGUAUUACACUUGAAGAUGCUGCAUCAUUUUUCAAUCAAAAUGUUGGUCUGUCCGUAAUGGAGGAUAUUGGUCAACAGCAGCCUGUGCAGGAUGUCAAUUCAAUGAUGAACUUAGUUGGGGGGGACUUCAAUAAUCAGGCAGCAGUUGCUGCUGCUGCAGUGGCAGCAUCAUCGGCAGCGCUUGGUUUACAGCCCACCACACUAUUGGCCACAAACACCAACGAUAUUUACAACUUCGCCCAAAUGGGUUUGCAUCAGCAAUUGUUGCAACAAUCGGCAGCAGCGGUAUUUCAAAAUUACACCAAUAUCGAAGAUAUGGCAACGGCUGGCAAUGGGGGAGGUGGUGGAAUCCUUCAACAGUCACAAACAACACAACAACAGCAGCAUCAGCCGCAGCAACAACAACACCAGCAGCAGCAGACCCAAAUGUACGAUGAUUCUGCUGUUAGCUAUGGUGGUGAUGACUCCACUGAACUAACGCCCAAAAAGGAAAUUAUCAACAUUGAUGAUUUUGUCAUGAUGACCGAUUCCAAUUCCUAUGAUGAAGAUGGUGAUUUUAUCAACGACAAUGAUAAAUCAACAAGUGGCGGCAUCGAUAUUACCCAACCCCACGGGGUCAACGAUAACGAUUUGUUGACCAUGUCAAUGGGUGGAAAACACAAAUUACUAAGUGAUGCUGCUGCUGCAGCAGCGGCUGCAAGUCACCGCAGUGGUGGUGGCGAUAGUCCGUCAUCUGUAACAACUGGUGGUUCUUCGACCACAACGGGUGGUGGAACUUCAAGUCUACGUUCUCAGCGUAAAACACGUAAAAUUGAACCGGUCAAUCGGCCAGGUUUAGUUUUAAAAACACCAAUUGCCUAUAAGGGCAAUAUUGAUCCAUCUGUAAUACCAAUACAAAAAGAUGGCAUGGCGGUUUGUGAACGCUGCGGAGCAAUAGGUGUCAAACAUACAUUCUAUACGAAAUCGCGUCGUUUUUGUAGUAUGGCAUGUGCUCGUGGUGAAUUGUAUUCUCUAGUGGUGAAUAAGCAAGGAUAUUCAACGACGCAACAGCAGCAGCAACAACAGACCGCCCUCUUUAAUAUGGAGAAUAAUUUCAAUGAAAAUAAAAUGCAACAGCAGCAGCAACAACAACAUGCUAACGAUGUUGAAAUGGCAUUACGUGUGGCCCACAUAAAAAAUACCAAUUAUCGUUUUCGCAUAACCGACCAAUCGAAAAUUACCCAAAUUAAUGGUUUGGGAGAACCGAUAACACCCACCCAACUUCCCAUAAAUUCCGCUCCGAACACUGCUGCUGGUGGUAUGCCACAAUAUACCACAGACAGCGAACAGUUGGCCGAAAUGACCGGCACCCCCAAAGCUUUACGGAUGUAUCGUGAUGUUAUGCCCCAGGAUGAGCUACCACAAAUUCCAAAAUAUGAUCGUCUUCCAACACCGUGUCCACAAAUGGAAAAAAUCAUUAGUAUACGACGGAAACUGUACGACCCCACACAUUCGUAUGAUUGGACACCGCGAUUGGGUCGUGAAGAUUUCUAUGCUGCACCGGUGACAUGUUUCCAUCAUGCACCCGGCUGUGAUGUAUGGGAUAAUUUGGGUAUCGACAUGAAGGUGGAGGUUGAGAACACGGACUGUGAUCAAGUGGAGGUAAUACAACCCGGUCAGACGCCGCAUUCAUUUUGGGUGGCGACAAUUUUGGAUAUUCAGGGUUAUAAGGCCCUGAUGCGGUAUGAAGGUUUCGAAGAAGAAGCCCAUGAUUUCUGGGUGAAUCUAUGUAAUUCAGAGGUACAUGCCGUGGGUUGGUGUGCCACCAGAGGCAAACCCCUAAUCCCGCCACGUUCCAUUGAAAACAAAUACAAAGAUUGGAAAGAUUUUCUGGUAACACGUUUGUCGGGUGCUCGCACCCUACCCUCAAGUUUCUAUAAUAAAGUCAACGAUAGUAUGCAGUCACGUUUUCGCCUUGGUUUAAAUUUAGAAUGUGUCGACAAGGAUCGCAUAUCUCAGGUACGUUUGGCCACUGUCACAAAAAUUGUUGGCAAACGUUUAUUUCUGCGUUAUUUUGAUUCGGAUGAUGGCUUCUGGUGUCAUGAGGAUUCGCCGAUCAUACAUCCGGUGGGUUGGGCCACAACGGUGGGUCACAAUUUGGCAGCGCCGCAAGACUAUUUGGAAAGAAUGUUGGCUGGCCGUGAUGCCAUGAUCGAGGUCCAUGAAGAUGAUGCCACCAUCGAACUCUUCAAAAUGAAUUUCACCUUUGAGGAAUACUAUUUGGAAAAUAAGGCGAAGACAUUUGUCGAAGGCAUGAAACUGGAGGCUGUUGAUCCUUUGAAUCUUUCAUCGAUUUGUGUGGCCACCGUCAUGGCUGUCCUGAAAUUUGGUUAUAUGAUGAUAAGGAUUGAUUCAUAUCAACCAGAUGCCACUGGAGCGGAUUGGUUCUGCUAUCAUGAAAAAUCUCCAAAUAUAUUUCCGGUUGGCUUUUGUGCCACCAACAAUAUCGCAUUAACGCCUCCGUAUGGCUAUACAGCUGCCAAUUUUACAUGGGAACAAUAUUUACGUGAUACUAAUUCCGUACCAGCCGGUUCACAUUUAUUUCAUCGCACAGUGCCAAAUCAUGGUUUUGAGGUUGGUAUGAGUUUAGAAUGUGCCGAUCUUAUGGAUCCCCGAUUGGUGUGUGUGGCCACAGUGUCGCGAGUGGUGGGGCGACUACUAAAAAUCCAUUUUGAUGGAUGGACUGAUGAAUAUGAUCAAUGGCUUGAUUGUGAAUCAUCGGAUAUUUAUCCGGUGGGUUGGUGUGUAUUGGUGGGCCAUAAGCUCGAAGGACCUCCUGCGCCGGCACCAGCACCGCCAAAAACCGCACCCAAACCACGAGUGCAAAAGAAGCGCAAGAAAAGACCAGCAACAACAGCUAACAAUAAAAAUAACCACACAUCGCCCAGUGAAAGUCAAGCACCUCAAGGUAAAGGUUGACAAAAAAAAAUUAUUGAAGAUUAUGAAAUUUGUUUUCUUUUUUCAGUUAAAACUCGUACAAUAGCUUUAAAGACAACACCCCAUCUCCCUAAGCUUAGUAUUAAAUUGGAACUGAAACCGGAACAUCACAAUCCCGCCUUUUAUGAUAAUAGCGCCGCCAAUGCCGCCACCGCCGCCGAUGAUGAUGACGAGGACGAUGAUAUUGAGGAAUAUGAUGAAGAUACAAAUAGUAUGUUAUCGAAUCAAUCAUCAUCCCAUUUAAUGGAUACAUCACAUCCAGGAGGAGGAGCAGCAGCAGGAACAGCCACAACAUCAUCGUCGUCGUUGUUAAUGAAUCCUGCAGCAGCGGCGGCGACUAAAAAAUCGAAUACGAUUAAAAAACCUCAAUCACCUGCACCGCCAAUUGCAACACGCAAAGCAACUAGUUAUAUUGGGAACUCCUCGGUUAGCAGUACCAAAUAUAUACCCCGUCUUAGCGACUGCAGUGACAUUGAUAGCAACAGCAGCAGCAAUGCCGAACUGAUGCCGGACACCUGGAAUGUCUAUGAUGUUUCACAAUUUCUGCGUGUCAACGAUUGUACAGCCCAUUGUGAUACAUUUAGUCGUAAUAAAAUCGAUGGUAAGCGAUUGCUCCAACUGUCGAAGGAUGAAAUUAUCACCCUGUUGGGUAUGAAGGUGGGACCUGCGUUAAAAAUCUACGAUCUAAUACAACAGCUGAAGUGUAAAGUUAAUCCGGGUAAAUCGCGUAUGCACAAAAAUAAUAAAUAUUUAUAGUCCAAU